AUGGAGACGCUCGGGCAGAUCCGCCACCCGAAUCUGGUCCCCCUCCUUGGCUUCUGCUUUCUCGAACGAGAGAAGCUUCUCAUAUACAAGAAUAUGCCAAAUGGGGCUCUACCGCUACGUCUCAGGUCAGGAUGUGAGAGUUUUGGAUGGCAGAAGAGGCUGAGGGCCGCGCUCGGUGUUGCGCGAGGCCUCGCCUGGCUUCACCACGGCUUUCAGACGCCCCUCACCCACGGGAGCUUGAACACGAGCGCUGUACUUCUCGAUGAGGACGAUGAGCCGAGGAUUGCUGAUUUCGGGCUCAACAGGCUCUUCAGCACGAGCACGUCCUCUGCGACGAGCGAAGAUGUGUAUCAGUUCGGAAUGUUACUGCUAAAGCUGGUGACUGAUGGAACGGAGAUGGAGAGCGGCGAUGAGGAGUUGGCUGAUGGGGUAGUUCGGUUAUUGGCUGCGGGCUGGGUUGGUGAAGCUAUAGACCCGUGUCUGAGAAGGACAGGGAAUGAGGAUGAGAUUGUCGAGUUGUUGACGAUUGGGUGUAGAUGUUUGGUUGCUCGUGCUGAGGAGAGGCCUUCUAUGUUUCAAGUUUUCAAGUGGCUGGAGAGAAUCGGAGGCAGAGUUGAGAUUCAUGAGGAAUUUGAUGAGUUCCCACUUCGUUACGGUUGUGAAUGA